AUGUUGUUGGAGACGGGGCAGGUUCAUUUGUUUGAGAAUUGGCCGGAUCCUGGUGUUGAUGAUGAUGAUGAUAAAAAAGCUCUGCUUGCUCAGGUAGAUUUGCUUAAUUCAAGUUACCCUGGAGGUUUGGCAUCAUAUAUCAAGACUGCCAGAGAACUCUUGGCAGAUUCAAAGGUAGGAAGGAACCCAAUUGAUGGCUUCACACCUUCUGUUCCAUCAGGUGAAGUCCUCACUUGUGGUGAUGAUAACUUUAUCCAAUAUGAGGAGAGUGGUGUGAAGCAGAUACAAAAUGUUGCCUUUGUUCUUGUUGUAGGAGGGCUUGGGGAACGUCUUGGAUACAAAGGAAUAAAGGUAGCGCUUCCCAUGGAAACAACUACUGGAACUUGUUUCUUACAACACUACAUUGAGUCCAUAUUGUCCUUAUCAUAA